GAACUUGUAUUCAGCAGGAGACAGGGUUUUUGUAUCAGUCUGUUUCACUGUGUGGGGUGCGCAUCUUUGGCUCUGGAACUAAACUGUUUGUAACAGAUAAGCAGGUGGUGCAGCCCGUGGUGAGCGUGUAUCGAGCAUCGAGAGCCCAGCUGGAGGAGAAGAGCUCUCUACUGUGUGUGGCCUCAGCCAUGUUUCCUCCUCUGGUCCAGAUCUCGUGGAAAAAACAGAAAGGGAGCGGUCCUCUGCAAGAUGCGCACCCUGCUAAGGCGAAGCGGCAGGAGCUGAGGGAGUCGGGGUGCAGCGCCUCCAUCUUGACUAUCCCUCUGAGAGAGUACAACACCUAUAAAUACCUCUGCUCAGUGCAGCAUGAGGGGGGCACAGUGACUGCUCAAACAGAAAUAGAGGUCCCAGUUCCUACGACCUCCAGUCCUCUAGAGAGAGAGCCGACAGACCUGCCAACUCUGCAGCCGACUGACAAUCCAGCUUCAAGCUCAGCAGCCCAGGCACCCACAGCCAAACCAGCCUUACAGGACGCGGGAGAAGGAGUGUCCUUUCAGUCUCAGUGCAAGGUGAAGCUGCUGACGCUGCUGUACACGGUGCUGAUACUGAAGAGUCUGGUGUACUGCUGUGGACUCUCUCUGCUGAGGAUCUUCAGAAACAACAAACCGUCCAUCCACUGAACAUGUGCUGACUGAUUUACUUCUGAUGUUUCGUGCCGUAGUGUUUUUGUAGUUUUUAUGAAAGAAGCUUGUUUGUGAAAAAGUAAAGCUCUAUGCUGAUGACACUGUGUUUUUUGUACAUAAAUGAAUGUACUGCAGGGUGGGCUACCUUUAUCAAUUUAUUCCAUUUACAGCUUUUAUCAGCAGUCCAAAAUGUUGUCUAUGAAGUCUAAUACCUCAAUCUUAUGGUUUAUCUUCUUACUCCUGUAGUUCACAGACAUUUAACAAAAAUGAAAAUGAGUCAAGCAGAUUAUUUAAAAGUACAUCACCAGGCUUAACAUCCUGCUACUGUUGUAAGCUUGGGGUCAUUGACAAUCAGCAACUGAAUCAGAAUAACUUUUAUUGCCAAGUAAGGCCUGGCUAAUGUGAGAGCCCACACAUGACGACAAGUAAUGAAAGAUUUACCAGUUCAGUUCUUAUAGUGUGUGUGGAGAGCAACGAGAUGACCGACUCAGCACACCACACACUCACAGAUUCAUUCAACAACAGUCUCCACUCUCAGAACUCGUCAUCUUGCACAGUAAGAUGCGAUUUAAGAAUAAACAAACAUGAUGGUCAAGCUAAAUGUGGCUAGCUGUUAGCUGGUACUCCUGUCCUUGUCAGUUGGAUUGCGCUUUGUUUUACAGACACGUUGUGUAAACACUCGUGUUGUUGCAACAAAUCAACAAGUUGCUCCUCCAUUUAUGACAUCCAUCUAACUUUAUGCUUUGUGUUUGCUGUCGUCGCCAUGGUUAUGUUUGUGUUGCUUCUGGCUUCAGUCAGCUUGCUUCCCGAUUGGCUAUUCUGUUUAAAGUGACAAUUCACAGAGUCCAUGAUCGGCCGUCCUCUGUGUUCUCCCAACACAACAGGAUGUCUGACAAUUUAAAAUCGGGUCGCCGAGGUUAAAAUCACACACUUUACACCACAGGAACAUCUGGUGAGAUAAUCUUUGGAACUGUCAGAUAAUCAGGCUUUUAUUGAAUUUAGUCAGAAGGGGAGAAUCAGCCCCGAAAUCGGCCCGAUUAUCUUGUUGUGUGUACCCCACUUAAUGUUACAUAUAUAACACAAACAUCUAUCAGAUUGUAUCGUAUAUAGAAGGAAUUUGUCUUGGUGUUAUUGGUGCAUUAUUGUUUAUAAAACCCACAUAAACAGCAGUACUGCUACUGUCAAGAAGUGUAGAAAUGCUGUUACAUACCAGCAUAAAUAUAAAGCUAAAUCAAAUAAAAGAGUAAAAGAUGUGUCUUUGGUGUAUGAAAGGAGCUGUAAGUGUUUUCUUUUUCUUUUUAAAUAAAAGUCUGUGCUUUUAAGGAUUUCAUUUCGCUUCACAAUAAAUAUGUAAAAACACGA